AUGGGGAAGUUCGUGAGAAGGGGUUGGGUAGUGGCGUGUGUGAUGGUGUUACUGAUGUUGACUCAAGGUUUGGCGAGAGUAUGUAGUAGAGAUGGUCAUGGCAGUGGCGAAAACAGAGGUCAUCUACAUGACGCAUAUGACGGAGAUAGUGCUGGUGCUAGUAGAGGUGGAGAUGAUGGAGAGGACACUGGAGUUGGACGUGGAAUUAACGGAGAAGGUGGUACUGGUGGUGGCGGAGGUGGCACCGGCGGUAAUGGUGGUGAUGGAGGUGCAGGUGGAGGAAUUGGAGGUGGGGGUGGUGGGGAAGGAGGAGCUGGUGGUGGAGGAGGUGAAGGUGGCAGUGCUGGUGGUAAUGGAGGCAAUGGUGGUGGAGGAGGUAAUGGCGGUGAAGGUGGCCGUGGAGGUGGAAGAGGUGGCGGUGGAGGUGGAGACGGAGGUGGUGGUGGUGGUGGCGGUGGGGGAGGACGCCGUGGUGGAGAUGGUCGUGGCGGAGCUAAUGGUAGCGUAGGAGCCAGAGGAAGAACCGGUAGAAGUCGAGGUGGCAACAUUGGUGGAGGAAGACGUGGUGGUGGCACUGGAGGAGGGGCCGGUGGCGCUAUUGGAGGUGGUGCAGGUGGAGGAGUUGGUGGUAGCGGUUCCGUUAGUAACCGACGACACUAA